AAAUGACGUAAAAUUAGGCGCGAGCCUCGCAGCGCCAGUGCCAGUUACAGAUUACCCGCCAAAUGCUUAUCACGACGCUUUUCCAAUUUACAUUCAACUUUGUAAUCGAUGGCUUGUAGCCAAGCGAUAACAACACGAAAUGCCGACCGUUUCGUCGAGUACGAGGCAAGAACUGGGUGCAGUUAUAAAAAAAUUCAAAUUCGAAGAAUUGGAGUCAGCGGUCCUGCCAGUCUUUCCUGAAUUAGAAUGGAAAAAAAUAAAAUCCAAACUUGUAAAAAAUCAUCAGAGCUUUAAGACAGCCAAUGCUCUUCAAAUUAUUGAAGCUGGCAUAGAACAAAGAGAAGAAUUUGAUGACAAGGUCCUUAAAGAUCGCUUAGCACUUUUACGAGUAAUUGAUGUUAGCAGACAUUACUACAAAAAAAUUUGGUAUGGAUAUGAAUUGAAAGGUAAAGAAGCUCCAGAUCAUCCUUCGGAAGAAGACAUUGAAUCACAGGUUGAAAACUGUGCUGUUGAAUACCAUAUGAAUAUUAUCUGUCAUGUCGUAAAAUAUGACAGUCUCAUAUUUAUUUCCAUGCAAGAAAAACCGAGGAAAAAAAGAGCAGCUAAACCAUCACUGCCAACUUAUUUUUGUGUACCAGAGGAUGAAAGUUGUAUUUUUUGUUGCAAAAAAAUUAUUCUUAAAAGUUAUCUGACAACAUUGACUGCUGCUCUGGGUUAUAAAAGUUGUAAACAAAUAAAGUUAUUUGGAAAAUCAAUCCCAUCCUUGGUUAAAUUAUUGAGAGCAAGAAAGGAAGCUAUAGCUAAGGGAGAUCACAUAAAAGAUGCACCAAGAUUAAGAAAAGCACCACCUGUUCAAAUCGCUAUGGGAACAGAUUUUACUCAACACACUCAUCGCAGAGAUUAUAUUAACAAAAUCUUAGGAGAAAAUCCCCCAACUUUUGAAACAUUAAGAGUUAAAAAUAUUGAUGAAAAGUGGAGGCACAAAGAUGCUCUAGAAAAAUUUCCUGACGAAGUUGUUUUUACAGGCAUUGAAUUUCGAAGUACAAGCAUUCCUAAUCUCCUAAGGAAUUUGGUUUAUCACAAAAUUCUCUUAACUCCUACGCCAGUGUAUGCUACAAAUAUUCUAACUUUAGGAAGAAAUGAACUGUCUGUUACAGGUGCUAACAGGUGAAGAACUUGUUAAUGUGUGUAAAGUGUAAAUAUAUUUUACUGGAUAGUUCAUAUCUAUUAUUGAAUUGUAAAAAUGAUGUAAUUAAUUGGUAUAUUAUUAGUAUCAAUGUUUAUAAAUGAAUCACGCAACAUACAACUAAUAUUGACGACAAUAAAAUAGAAACUGAGUGAAACUGUA